AUGGACCGUCCACAAGGGGCGUAUUUGGCUUCCUUCCUAUUUCACAGCAAUGAUUCUCCCAUUGAAAGAUCUAGAAGUGGUCACUGGCAGAUGGAGACGAGCUCCCUUCAAGAUGUCUCAGAUCUUUCUAGUCGGAGACCCGCCGGCAGUAAUCUGGAGAAUCACCGGCCAACAAAUUCAUCCAGUUAUCCACGUCAUCGGUCCCCCUUCUUUCCUCGUGUAGCUACGGGAAACACAACGUAUUCGAAGUCUUCAAGUUCGAAGAAAGGAAUUUCCACUUUUGAUAUCUCUGCCGUUGAAGUGCAGGAGGAAAGUAAAGAUGAACCUGUGAAAUUACCCACACCACCACUCCAGGACGAUCAUCCAGAUACAUCUGCGGCAUGGGCCAAGUGUGCCAAAGAUCUCUGGGAACAUGACGAAGCUGCUGUUAAAGAGUGGAAGGAGGAGAUUGACACACUCCUUGUCUUUGCUGGUCUCUUCUCUGCUGUCCUGACAGCAUUUAACGUGCAGGCUGCAUUUUCUGGUAACGGGUCGGGGGGUCUUUCAAACUCCUCUCCGCCUACAUAUGUUGCCGCGAAUGCUCUGUGGUUCGCGAGCCUCGUCUGUAGUCUCGCAUCGGCAUCCAUCGGUAUCUCAGUGAAGCAAUGGCUGAAUCACUACACUACACGCAAUUCCACUAUCUCUCGACAGAGUGUUCGCAUCCGACAAUUCCGGUAUCGUGGCUUAAUCAGAUGGCGAGUCGUCAAUAUCAAGAAUUUUCUACCUGUUUUACUACAGACUGCCCUCUCACUGUUCUUCCUGGGCCUAUUGCUUAUCCUCUGGAACAUGAACAGAGUUGUUGCCAGCACCACGACUGCGCUUGUGGUGUCCCUGGCGCUUUUCACCUCGAGCACCGUGAUGCUCCCGGCAAUUGCCUGCGACUCCCCAUACAAAUCAGCACCGGCGUGGUGGUUCUUUCUCGUGACUCGGUGGACCAAUAUCACAUUUGCCACAUCUUGGAGAUACCUGAAGCAUCGGUUGCGGACCAUUCUCUACAAGAUUGUGCGCCAGGAGUCGUACGAUGGUUCUACAGAUCCGGUGUACCUCUUCAAUGUGCGGCCAUAUAGGAAUUGGACCGAGCGCGAGAUCCUCUACGUGCGUUCGCUGACCUCUCCAAUCGACUCCUAUGCGCUGGCUAAGGCGGAUGAGACAAUGAUGGAUGACACUUUCCUCGAUGAGGUCAUCAGACCCUGUCUCCAAGACAUCGCGCUCGAGGACGCGCUUCCCUGCUACUACUCCAUCUUGCAAUAUAGAGCGCACAGGUUCAAGGACAACCUCCCAGAUUGGAACGGUGACGAACACGACGGACAUGCCAUCGUCACCAUGGGGCAGAUGACGAUUGACAUGCUAUCUCGGAUUUCCUCCGCAGAUCAUGAUUCCGUCUCACAUCAAAAACGUCUUUUUGAACUGUUGGACAGGCUCUUUGAAGCAAGACCUGCCGGAAUCCCAGCGGGUUACGGACGCCUCUUAGGUAUAUUGACCAAGAUGCUGGGGGAUAAUGUCGCCGCCGCCGCUGCCAUUCGUGAAACGGCAUUCGCAUGGAUCGUCAAGUUGGCAGUGCACCACCAGAUUGACGCUGCUGAGAAAGAUGAUGCUCUAGCAAUCGUUGCGUACGCGGCGGCCAUCCGAGAGGUCCACGACGGCCCAGCGUACCCUCGGGCAUGUCUCGCCGGGCUGCACGUUUCCGAGCUGCUAACAAAGGACGACGACUACAAGUCCUUGCGAGGCGAACUGAAGGACAUGCUCGACUCCCUGGAGGGCUACCUGUCCGUCCCCGCCUCGCAGGUCAUCGCCGAUCGCGCAAACCUUAUUUCGUUCAUCUGCUUCCUCCCGAGCGUAGUCAAGCUCGGGAGGCGGGAUGCCGGCUUGGUGUCGGCAGGCCUCGUCGAGCUUCUCCUUAAAGUCUUUGAGCACUCUCUGGAUGUGCUUUCUUCGUCGGAGUUCAGAAAGCAAGAGGUGAUGGCGAGUCAGGUUGUGCAGCGAAUUUUGAGCGACCUCCGGAGCCUGCAAGAGGAGUUGCGAGCCGCUGAAGGGAAAUCUCCCCAGGAUGAAUCGCUCCCAGAAGGCAUCACUUCGAACGAGCAGGCUAGUGCGCGGUAG